UAUGGAUAUGGACUACGGACAUGGACUAUGGACAGUAUGAGCUAAGGCGUAAUUUUAACAGCACACACGGAUAGAAGGCACGCCAUUGAGAAGUCAUCGCUAAAGCUAGCUGAAAAGAAGCUUAUAAUUCAUAAAAAUACACGUUGGAAUCAUACAUGAUCUUAUCAUGACAGAGGCACGAUUGGACUUUAUUAUAUUUGGAGCUACUGGAUAUACUGGAAAAUAUGCUGUAAAAAUAGCAGCACAAUUAGCUAAAGAAAAACAAAUAACAUUUGGAGUAUCUGGACGCAGGAAACAAGCUUUGGAAGCAGUUGUUAAAGAAUUUGUUUCUGACAUUGAAGAUGUACCCAUAUUGAUUGCUGAUUUAAAAGAUGAAGAGUCCCUAAAAAAAAUGACAGCUCAAGCUAAUGUGCUAAUUAAUUGUUGUGGCCCAUAUAGAUUUUAUGGAGAACCAGUAAUUAAAGCAUGCAUUGCUACCCAUACUCAUCAAGUUGAUGUCAGUGGUGAACCACAGUACAUAGAAAGUAUUCAAUUGAAAUAUAAUAAGGCAGCAGAAGACGCUGGUAUCUAUAUCAUAAGUGCAUGUGGAUUUGAUAGCAUACCAUGUGAUCUUGGUACAAUUUUUGCACAACAAAAAUUUAAUGGUGAAGUCAAUUCCAUUGAAACUUAUUUAAAUAUGUGGGUAACUACGAAAGUUAGUGGUGCUCUCAUUCAUUAUGGAACAUAUGAAUCUGCAGUGUAUGGUAUGGCACAUUCCCAUGAAUUACGGGAGUUGCGCUCCAAACUGUAUCCUGAGAGAUUACCUCCAUUAUGGCCAAAACUUAAACCAAGAGGUGCUAUUCACAAAUCUUCUGUAUCGGAAGGAUGGUCUAUGGUAUUUCCAGGAGCUGAUCGCUCGGUAAUUCUUCGUACCCAGCGAUUUUUAUAUGAUAAAUGUAAACAACGACCAGCUCAAGUGCAAACUUAUUUUACACUCAAGUCAUUUUUCUCCGUAUUGACAACUAUUAUUUUUGGUUUAAUGUUUGGAAUAUUGUCCAAAUAUGAAUUUGGUCGUAAUUUAUUAUUAAAGUAUCCUACAUUUUUUUCUGGUGGAUAUGUAAGUCAUGAGGGACCUAAGCCAGAGACACUGGAUAACGUUCAUUUCUCUAUGACAUUUAAAGCAGAAGGAUGGACUGAAAAAUUAGCUGAACCUACUGAUAAACAUAAAGAUUUACCAAACAAAGUAAUGAUUACUAAAGUUAGUGGAAUUGAUCCUGCAUAUAAAGCUACAUGCACUAUGUUACUCCUUUCUGGUGUAACAAUUCUCAAGGAAUCUGAUAAAAUUCCUGUCACCGGUGGUGUUUUAACUCCUGGUGCUGCAUUUAGUAAAACAUCAUUGAUUGAAGAAUUGAUUAAGAAGGAUAUUAAAUUCGAGGUUGUUUCUUCCCUUGAAAAAUAAAAUCUUUCAUAUGGUUACAAAUACAACUUUGCUAUUUUAUGGUGGAAGUAUAAAAAUAAGAGUUUUUUUAUUUGCAGAUAAAAGUUUCCGAAAAAGUAUCGUUUUUUGUGUUUCAGUUUAAGGUGUUUCAUUUAGUGAGCCAUAAAAAGACGUAAUUAUAUAUAUACAUACAUACAUAUAAUACAUACAUAUAAUUGAAAGAAAGAUAGAAAAUUUAAUAUCACAAGAAUUCAUGUAAAACAUUAUUAUUUCUUUAUAUUUAAAUUUUUUACAUUUGCCCGAAAUAUAGCUCGCAAAAGUAUGAGUAGUAUUUAACUAAAAUAUACAUAUGUAAUAAAACAGUAAAAGAAAGUAUAUAUACAAGUACGAUAUAUGGGAAGUAUUCAAUUGAAAUAUUUAUAUCAUGUGACCGUGCUGCAAGUUUUACACAACAAAAAUUUGAUUUGAUAAAGUUAUUGAGUUUAGUGAUUAACUAUAGAAAUUAAUGUUCUCAUUUAUUAUACAACAUAUGUAACAGCAAUAUGUACUCCCAUGAAUUCUGUAUCCUGAAAUAUUUUUUAAAGUAAUUUUCAAUAGUAAAUAACAACCUUGAAUUUCGUUUAAAUGUGUUUUGGUACAUUAAUAUUUUUUUGGGAUAGAAAAUGUUAAUUUUGAAAUUUUUAAAUAUUUAUAAAAAUUAAAUAUGUAUUUCUUUUUUUAAUAACAACAAUAGUAUAUGAUUAGUAGCAGUAAUCCAUUUAUAUUUUCUACAAUCGUAUUGUUAACUAAUACAAAGAAAAUAUAUUUAUUAAAACUAUUGAAAUUAUAUGUAUACCCAAUUAACGCACAUUAUAUUGCUCUCUAUAUUUAUAAUUGGUAAACAAGAUAAUGUUGAUGCUAUUUUAUAUUGCUUCAUAUAUUUUAAUACAUGUUAAUUAUUUAUAUUGUCUUUCAAUAAAACUGCUUUUCAGUGCAAUUAAA